AAACCAUGUGAUCCUUCAUCUGUAACACCACCACCUAAAUCUCUCUUGACCACUCAUUCUACAUUUCAAAGGAUUUCUUACAUGGCCUUUUACCUAUAUAUACACACACACACAUAUUAGUCAGUCUACAACCAACACAACUCUUUUCAUUCUUCACUCUCAAAGCAUUCAUUUGUUUUGCAAACUCUUUGUGAUCUUUGUCUCUUUUGUUGUUCAUACAACACAAUGGGUUUCCGCAUGCCUCGUAUUAUUAAUGCUAAGCAAAUUCUCCGCAUGACUAAUUCGGCAGCAGACCAAGCAGCUUCAACAACUCUAAAUGUCCCGAAAGGCUAUUUUGCAGUUUAUGUUGGAAAGAGUGAAAUGAAGCGAUUCGUGGUUCCUAUAUCAUACUUGAACCAGCCUUCAUUUCAGGACUUGUUAAGUCAAGCUGAGGAAGAAUUUGGUUUUGACCAUCCAAUGGGUGGUCUCACAAUUCCCUGCAAAGAGGACCUCUUCAUUGAUAUCACUUCUCAGUUGAGCAGAUCAUGAGACAUUUCUAUGCAUAUAGACACAAUUUUGUAAAUCAGUAGUCCAUUUCCAUAUACAAAUUUCAGCUUUGUAUCUUUUUUUUUUUUCAGAUAGGAGAUUGGGGAUGGAAGAAAAUGUCCCCCUGUUUCAAAAUGUUAUAAAGCAGAGAUCAUGCUGUUUUCAGAUUAUUUGAAAAGCAAAUACAUCAUUUCAUUGAAAUCUUUGUUUCUA